AUGAAGGUGGGGGACGGUUCAAUUGCGUUUUUCUGGAAAUCCAAUUGGAUAGGGAGUAGGAGCUUAGCUGAGCAGUACCCGAAGUUGUUUGAAGAGUGUAGCAUGAAGGAUUCAAGUAUUAAAGACAUGAGAACCGGAGUUGGUGAUGACUGGAUAUGGAACUUAUGGAAUGGAAACGAAGUGUUGGGUCAUGUGGCAAUUAUUGAACAUGCAGAAUUGUGUGGUGUUCUAGAUGGUUUGAGGGUCGCGACAAAUGAAGUGGACAGGUUUGUUUGGCCUUAUGAUAGUUCUAAUAUUUUUUCUGUAAAAAGCUGUUAUGCACUUAUGGCGAGAGAGCUUGGUGAGGCAGUGAUGGAUGAGAACAGUAGACAAGUUCUGGACAUUAUGUGGGGAGCAAAAGUACCGUCGAAAUUAAAGGUGUUUGGAUGGAGAUUAAUCCAGGACAGAUUACCAACAAAGAACCUAUUACUUAGGAGAGGCAUACUACAACAAAUGGAGGAUGUGCUAUGUGUCUUUUGUCAUACGAAUGAGGAAGAUGUUAAUCAUGUAUUUCUGCUAUGCCCAAGAAUGAAGCUGCUAUGGUGUAAAAUACUCAACUGGCUGAAUAUACUGAACAAUUCUGAGGAUGAGUGCAGAAGCCAUUUGCUAAAAUGUGUGGAGGCUCAAUUGGGAAAGAUAGAAAGGAGAAGGGUUUGCGACAUAUGGAUGACAACAUGUUGGUGCGUUUGGAGGAAGCGAAACGAUAUUGUCUUUAACAAUGCGGAGUUGGAUAUUGAUGAGCUAUUCUUCAUGAUAUUGAGAGCUUCUUGGUGGUGGCUAUCAAUGGAAGCCAAGGAUAGAUUAGUAUGUAGUUUUUAUGAAUGGUAUAAAAAUCCAUUGUUGUGUCUGUGA